AUGACUAAGAAUGCAAAACAAAAUGAUGAUUUUGUUAGAUAUGCAGCAUUUGAUGCCUAUGUUGGUUAUGCAUCUAUUUACAAAUUAUAUGAAAUUAUGUCAUCAGAUGAUUUUGAAUCUUGGAUUAAAUCUCAAUGUAAACUUUCAAAUGAUGAAGCAUUUCAAGUUAUUUCAACAAUUCCAUCAAAUAAUUCUACUACUACUACUAAUAAUAAUGGAGAAAAUAAUGGAGCAAAUGAUUCAAAAGAAUCUAAACAAUCAGAUGUGUUGAAAGGUAAAAGUUUUACCUCUCUUAAAGAAUUAGCAAAAUUGGAUCCAAAUGCAACUGAUAAGGAAAGAGAAGAAUUUUUAAAUAUGAGAUCAACAUUUAUGGGUAUGAUGUAUGGUGAUAAAACCUCAAUGGAUCAACAAGUUUCAUAUGCCAAAGAAAAGAAUCAAGCUCGUUUAAGAAAGAUGGCACAUAAAAAUUCAACUCAAAGAAAUAUUUCAAGUCUAGUUGACCAGAUGAAAACAAAGAAACAAACACCAAAAGAAAGUACUAUUACUCAAAAUAAUGAACAGUCAUCAAAUAAUUCCAAUGCAAAUAACAAUGCAAAGAGUAGUGAAAAUUCUAAAAAAUCAAAUAAUGCCAAUAAUAAUAAGAAUACUAAUAAGAAGAAACAAACGAAUAAGAAGAAGAAUACUGAAAAGAAAUAUGCAACUUCAAACAUUUCAUUCCAACUUGUUUAA